UCGUAAUCAUUUCAUAAUCAAGAUGGCAGCCUCCAGAGCAUCCAACUUUUGUCUCCAAGUCGUCAAAAUUAGUCAAUUAAAACCAUUUACUCAGUGCAGUGUAACUGCUGCAAGACAAAUGAUAUUCACAACACCAAUCAGAUGUGCAUCAGCAUCAUCAAACGGUAACCAAGGAAACGGAGACCAAUCUUCAGGGCGUGCCCCACUCAAAAAGCCAUUCACUCCAGUGGGUAAACAUGACGACCACAUGCCGGAGAAGCACAGGGACGCUGAGAAGGAAGCUUUAAAAGCAUUCCCAGACGAUGUCAAUCCGGAGACGGGGGAGAAGGGAGGACCCAGGGGACCGGAACCAACUAGGUAUGGGGACUGGGAGAGGAAAGGCAGAUGCAUUGAUUUCUGAUGGAACAAUGAAAGAUUAAAGAUACAAGAACCGUCUGGCAGUUUUGAUAAGGGAAGAGGAUACAAGUUACUGAUGAGAAGCAACCACAUGGGGACUGAAAAACAAGACUGAAGCAUUUAUUUGUAAUUAUGAAGGA